GAAAACACCCGAUUUGGCCGAACAGUUCAGAAAUGCCGUCAGUUCUCUCAUGCUAUACGAGUGCCCCAACCCUGACCUCAAUGACAAUCUGUCGAUGGAUUGGUUCGUGAUUUCGGCCAAAAAGUAUCAGUUGAACGGAAAGUCGAUCGAAGAGUUGUGCGAAUACAACGCCGAAGUGGCCGCACAACUGAAUCGGACACAAAUCUCACAGACCUGGAAGAUAUUGAUGCAAAUGUUUAACACAAACGUCAGGAACGCUACCCUCAGCGGCAGCGGUAAUGUCAACUCGAUUACAGUCGGAACCAUUACCGACUUUAAUGACAAAAGUGAUCCAAACAAUCCCAGUCGACACGCCAGUGGCAGCACCGGUAGGCAUCUGAGUGGUGGCAAACCCAUUGAUCAAUUCAAUACGAACGACACGUCUGGCAAUGAAGACGAGUCCGACUUGAGUGAUAUUAUUGAAGACAACAAGCCCAAUUCUCCGACCACUAGUUUGGAUGAAGACGACGAAGUGCUUAAUCCAAUGAAUUUCAUGUCCAUCAGUGAUAGUGACUCUCAUUCACAUUCAGUGCUGUCAUCUCGAGCGCCGCCGAACCCCGUCUGGCCCUUCACCGGUUUGGUGGCAGAAAUGUUGCACUUUUACGCCUCUCAGGGCGACGUCCAAACCUCGGUCUCCAUUCUCAUCGUUUUGGGCGACAAAAUGAAGACAUCGAUCGACGUGUCGAUUCAGCAACAGUGGUAUCAGUCAUACAUCGAUCUCUUAAGCCGUUACGAGCUGUGGAGUGUCGCUAAUAAAGUGAUCCGUUUGUGUCCGCAUCCGUACAUCAAUACUAUGAACCAGUCGUCGACCACAAUAUACACGACGUGUGGUGUGUGUCGUAAAGCUCUGAACUCAAAGGUGAGUUGGCUGUGCGAACGAUGUCGAACUGCGCCCUCAAACUGUUCCAUAUGUCAUGUGGCGGUCACCGGUCUCUAUGUCUGGUGUCAGGGCUGCGCACACGGAGGACAUCUGCAGCACAUCCAGGAAUGGUUGGCCAACAACACCCUCUGUCCCGCCGGUUGUGGCCAUCACUGCGAAUAUACU